GCCGCCCCAGCCGCCCAGGCCUCGCGUGGUCGCGCGGCGGAGGCCGUUCUCCGACGGGCAGCGGGCCGCUCGGCCGCCGCGUCUGGGCUGAGCGCGGCGACGCUGCUGCCCAAGUCCUCCCGGUGCUUGAGGCGUAUGGAACCUCAAGGUCUUUGUGAUAAUGGAAACCAAAAAAUUGAUUGGUAAACCGCUUCAACCAGCAAGACCUGUUCGCCAUCUGACUUCUCCUCCCGGAGCAGUAUUCCCUUUCAACUUUCAAAAUGAGUAUCCAUGCAACACUCAGUACUUACAAAGUGGAGUUAACAGAUGUAAGACGAAUGGAAUGCAAGCCUUUUCUCAAGGUCUUAAUGACCAACAGCAACAUCAGUCUCCAGUUAAAAAAGAGAGAAUUAAGUACAGCAGAGAUUUCCUAUUGAAGCUCUCAAGUGUUUCCAUCUGCAGAAAAAAACCAGACUUUCUGCCUGAUCAUCCCAUCGUACUUCAAAAACCAGAAAACAACCAAAGUUUUAAGUAACAUUUUAAGAACAAAUGAGUUUGAAGAUAAAGAAUUAUUUGUUUUAUAUUUUGGGCACCUGCAAAUGAAGUGGAUCUCAAAACAAUAACUGCAAUGGACGGUGACAAUUCAAUUUAUUUUAAAUUUUGACGGUUGGGUAUUUGGUUUCUCCUAAAAUGAGAAAGAGAUAUUUUAAAGAACUUUCUAAUCAGUUUCAGCUCUGCAGGCAGUUUUCCUGCAUAAAUUGGGCAGAAACAUUUGCAAGUAAAAAUGUGGUUAGUGAAGUAGGAAGACUGUAUUUAUAAUUUGCACACUACUUGCAAUUUUUUGUUUUUAAUAAUGGAAAUAUAAGCUGUAAAGAUUCUCAAAUAUAAAGUAUUUGCUGUGAUGUAUAUAUGGUACAUAAUUUCUUGAUGCUUUUAAAGUUGACUUUGUUUCACACUGAUUUCAGACUAGCACUCAAAAGGACCUUUACAAUAUCUGCAGAGGCUUAGAGCAGUUCAGGGUGUCUGACGCAGAGUUUUCGAUGACAGGAGGGAGACUAUUUUAAUAGGCAUUUCUUUUCAAAUGUGAUUGCUGUCUAGGUUUUUAAUAACACUAAGAUUCAUAAUUACUAGCAAAGAUCGAUGAUUUGGAAACAAUGGUAGUGAAUAAAACCGAAGGUGGAAAAUA